UUCAGUCGUCAAUUAAGUGGUGGCACCAGUCCUGGCAUCCGAAGUGUUGUCCCGCAGUCGCAAGAGUUGGUACAGUCGGACAAAUUUCAAGUGAUGGUCGAUGUGUCGCACUUCACGCCGGAGGAGCUGAUGGUGAAGACAGUGGACAAUACAAUCGUCGUCACCGCCAAACACGAAGACCGCGCCGACGACUUUGGAUUCAUUUCGCGACAGUUCUCACGAAAGUAUUUAUUGCCCGUAGAUAUCGAUCCGCUGACCGUCACGUCAUCUCUCAGUCCCGAAGGCAUUCUCACUCUUCAGGCACCGCGAAAACAGCCGGAGCUGAAGGAAGGCGAGCGAAACGUCCCGAUCUCUCUGUCCGAGUCUUCGCCGAUUCCACAGCCAAAGGAGAUCCCAGUUGUCAACGAAACGGCUCCCAAAUAAUGGAUUCAAUCACUAAUUAUGGCUAUAAUUAACAGGAGUUUGACUGCUUUUAAUUACAAUUAGUUUUGACGAG